AUGGAUUCUAGUCCUGUCUCUGCAAACAGUACCAAACCUUUACAAUUUACUGAAGACUACAACAAUCAGAUCUAUGAGUUGAAUUACCUAUCAGAUUACAAGAGGACUUCCAAAAAGUCGAGGUCAAAUGCUUGCUCUCAUAGAAGAAACAACGUUCUCAUUACACCAUCUAUUAAGCAUUUUUUUAGACGCAGGUCUUAUAAAACAAAUUCACUUGUUCCAAGCAGUCCAAGCUAUCUGACAUCACAAGAUGAUACAGAUGCAUCACUUUCAUCGUUAUCAUCUGAUAGUUCUGAUUCAGAAUUCGAUACGCAUGAUACUCCAUCAACACCAAAUACUAUCCAAAGCGAUUCCCUUAAUUCGAAAACCAAAAGUAAUGUGCAUUUCCAGGAUUUUAAUUCUAUGUCAUUCUUAGACAAUAAAAAAACUUCAAUUUUUGAAAUUCCAGAGUUGGUUCAUAAAAUUAUUCAGUCAGUUGAUAAGCAGAAUACAUUUAUUCCACAAGAAAGUUCGCCCGUCAGAAGGAGACCAUUAAGCUUGAGACACUCAAUGUUGAUACAUGGUGAUAGAGAUUUGGCGGAAAGCUACUACCUCGAUGCAUCUACUUCUUCCUAUGAGGAACCAAAAAUUACUGGUGGUGGUCCCCUUUUCAACUGCCUACAAGUUAAUAGAUUGUUCAAUGAAAUUGCUUCAGAAUUUUUGAAUGAGAAAUUAUUUUUUAGCGACCAAGCAAAGUUCUGUAAAUUCAUAAACUCAGACUUCAAGGUAAAGAUUCAACCAAAAGUGUUCUUGUUGCAUAAACUAUUUCAGAUGAAGCAAAAGUCAAUUGAUAUGAUUAAACAUAAAAUUGAUUUUUCAAGAUUGGAAUGGAUAGAAAUUUAUAUGUGUCCAAAAUUGUUUCCUACUCCUGAAUUUUUCAUCAAUGGAUCAAAAAUUAAGAAAAUCAUUAUUACUGGAUCCAAGACAUUUGAUGAUCUGCAUUUGAUAUUAAUUAGUAAAAAUUGUCCUAACCUUGAAGUUCUCGAUAUAAGAGCUUGUGAUCUCAUCACUGAUGCUGGUAUAUACCACAUUGCAAAGAAUUGUAACAAACUCAAAUACAUAAAUUUUGGAAGAAAAAGCAGGGGUCAUUUAGUCACCGACAAUAGUCUAAUGAUGAUUACCAGCAAUAAUAAGAAUUUAGAGACGGUGGGUUUAGCAGGUUGCCAUGUAUCUGAUAGAGUCAUUUGGAACCUUGCAAUAAAUUGUAAUGCAACAUUACAACGGCUAUCACUUAACAAUUGUUCUCAACUCACAAACCAAUCCAUACCUUCCAUCCUUCAGAACAAUUUACUAGUUAAUCUUUCUGUCCUUGAGAUACGAUAUGUCAACAAAAUUACAAACUUUGCACCUCUUAUUCAAUUCAAGAGACGUCAAGAGUAUAGAGGCAUAUCUAUUCUCAUUGAAGCUUGUGAAGAGUUAUGUUUAAUGAUGAGAGAACAAGAGCUAGAAAUGGACCAAAAGAUAUCUCGAAGAAUAUUCACGGACAUAAUCGAUUGGGUCAACAAAACUGAGGAUGGUGACAUGCCACAUGAACAACUUUUACAAUCAAGAGUAGCGAAUAUUUAA